ACGGUUAUGUAUUCUUAGUGAGUGUGUCAAUUUCGUCGACAGUUCAGCUGUUAUAAAGAUUUUUCUUUGACUUUAGUAUUUGAUUUCGAUGUUUAUUCGAUCACUUUAUAUUUUAUUCGAUGAAUCGUUUUUUUCAUUGAGAAAAUAACGAAGUUUCAUCAUGGUGCUUAACGAAGUUGGCAAAUUCCUUCUUGAAUUGGAGAAAGCCGAAUUAGAGGCACCUGCUGGAGUUGCUACGGCUCAAACUUAUGCUCAACUAUUGGCUAUGUAUCUUUAUCAAAAUGAUUUAUGCAACGCUAAGUGUUUGUGGAAACGAAUACCGUUUAAUCUGAAGGAAGCUAAUUCAGAAUUGGGCCGAAUAUGGGCGGUAGGGAAACACAUGUGGCAACGGGACUGGCCCGCGGUGCACGUUGCUCUCAACGCGGAUUGGAGCGAGGACGUUUCCGGGAUCAUGACUGUUCUGAAAGAUAGCGUUCGCGAGCAAGCGAUGACGCUGAUUUCCAAGGCAUACUCGUCGUUAGGUUUAACGGUGCUAGCAUCGAUGACGGGUCUUGCAUUGGAAGAUGCCCAAAAGGCAGCUAUAGAAAGGGGUUGGAGCAUAGAUGGAACGAUGGUGCAGCCAGUUAAAGUCGACAAGGAUCAAAGCAUCUUCAACAACGAGACCUGCUUAACUGAGGAUCAAUUGAAAAAGCUCACGCAAUUUGUCUCCUUCUUGGAAAAUUAACCAAGUGCUGCUGAACUUAAUGUGGAAUAAAAGGGAUCGAUACUUUCGGUA